UUAACCAUGCCCAAAACUUGAGCUCGCUCAGCUACUUUCUUUCUCCUCUGUAGUUCAUCUUAAGUUUUGAUGAUGGAUUUGAACUUCACCGCCCGGAAACCGCCGCAGACGGCGACGAGGAUGGACAUAGAACAGAUGCCGGAGACUCCACACCGUGGCUAUCACCAUCGCCGUUCUCACUCCGAUACAUCUUUCCGCUUUGCUAAUUUCGACGAUCUUCUCCUCUUCGAUCAUCCCGACCACGAUUUAUCAUCUUCCCUUCGUUCUCCCUCGCCGUCGCCGUCUCCGACGCCGGUGGGCGCUCGUAUGGCUCUCGAUUCCUUCAAUUCAAAGUCCCCUGACGACGCCUCUGCCUCGAAACCUAAAGCUAGUAACGAUACCUCGGCUUCAGACUUCUUUGGUGCUCACUGCCGGAGUUUGUCGAUGGAUUCAGACUUCUUCGACGGCUUAGGGAUAGCCGGAGACGGCAGCGACGGUGAGGUACUUGGCGGGAGGGUAACGGUCGGGGAGAAGAAGAUCGGUCGCCAUAGACAUAGCAAUUCCAUGGAUGGCGCUUUGACCUCGUCGUUUGAAGCGGAAUCCACCGGCGUAAUUGAUUGCUCCAGGAAGGCCAUGGCACCUGAUAAACUCGCUGAGCUUGCUUUGAUGGACCCUAAAAGAGCUAAGAGGAUCCUGGCGAACAGACAAUCUGCUGCACGAUCCAAGGAGAGGAAAAUACGUUACACAAACGAAUUAGAGAAGAAGGUGCAGAUGCUUCAAUCAGAAGCGACUUCCCUUUCUGCACAGGUCACUGUAUUACAGAGAGAUACCACUGAAUUGACUACUGAAAACAGAGAGCUUAAACUAAGGCUGCAGGCCAUGGAGCAACAGGCCCAACUCAGAGAUGCACUGAACGAGACAUUGAAGGAGGAAGUGCAACGGCUGAAGAUAGCUGCAGCUCAAUUGCCUGUUGCAAAUGGCAGCUCGUUCAACAUUGGAGGAGGGGCGCUACCCCCUCAAUUCCAUACUCUCCAGCCAUCCUUGCAUCAGUUUGGCAACUCUCAGAAUCAUCAACAGUAAUAGCUACUGCUGCUAUGAUGCUCCACCAUCGCAGCUUCUCGGAGCAUAACCAGCCACUCCCGGUCAGUUAUCGAUUCUCCUGGAAUGGCUUUUCCUCUUUUCCUGAGUAACAUCUUCAGCUAAUCCAUUACUUGAUAUUAGUAAUAUUUUAUUUCGAAAGCUAAGGAAUUGUAGCAGCAUGUGUCUUCUACAUUUGAAUUUGUAUUGAGUAUAUUUGUAAAAACAAACAAAUACAUGUGUAUAGAAGCUGUAUUAUCUCUUUGAUGAUUGAGGAUUGUAUUGUACUACCACUCAGCAAAUAAUAGGGCCUCUCUUCUUUAUGAGCGACCAAAUCAUAUUUCUUGUUA